GCUCUGUCUCUGUGGGUAGCCGGGACACGCUCUCUACUCCUGCUGUUCCGAGAAGCGUUUUCUCCCACGUUUCAUUCACCCUCUUCAGUUUUUUAAACUGUACUUGUUGCAAAGCCCUGUUUAAGAUUCACCUAGUUGACGGGGCACCUUUGAAAUCUAGAGGAUGCUUCUACCCGCAAAUGUCACGUCUGUAACUACAUAACCUCUGGAUUCCAUAUCUCGUUUUUUUUUUUAAGGAUUGCUUCGUGGUCUAAAUCAUCACCUUCCGGAAUAUAACUUGUGAUCACCGUCGUUCCCUACCAUAAAAAGUUCUCUGUAUAUACUUAAUUCUUUUACUGAACUUUCAACCCCCUCGGCAUUGCUGUUCCGGGUAUUAAUUGCUAAUUGAAAUUGCUGCCAUGGAUGUUGAGCUACAAGAAGUUACUUCAGAGAAAGCUGGCGGUAGCACUUCGCGGUCAGAUACAAUAAAUACCAGGUCCAGCGACUUGCCCAGUGACGCCAGUGUGGACUUUAAUUUGUGGGCAGUCUCAAGGUCUGCACCUUCUGGGCUGUCCACCUCCUGCGCCUCGCACCGGAUGAACUCAACGCCUUCCCUGCCGGAGCUCCUCGAGGACAGCUGCCAGCCGCUGUUGAGGCCAUCUGCCUUGCACCACUCUGCCUCGUGGGCGUCUUCUCUUGCCACCAACCCCAGAGCUCCGGAUAUGGACACACUCUACUCCGUCAUGCACACCAGCAUCAGUGAAAUCAUCAGGGAGAAGACGGUGAGGCCCUCACGCCGAAGUCUGCCCUGCCUGGUCCAGAGCCAGACUCACCCCCAGAGCCUCAACAGGGUCCUGUCGGUCCACCCAGCCGGUCAGGUGACGGCGCAGCCCCCGAGCACCAGCCCCUCCGUCGACAACGUCGCCUAUGGCAAAGCAGAUGUGGGGAAGGACUUGUACACAGAGGAAUCCGAACAGGGAACCUAUGACUCCAGGACGGACCAGUCGCUUCUUAUCCAGAAAACUACCAUCCGUUCAAAACGAGAAGCCCUCACGGAGUCACUGCAGGAGAGCCAGCCCGAGGCACCAACGGGGCUGUUCUUUCGAGACAGGAAGAAGCGGGUCGACUACAUCCUGGUCUACAAGAAGUCCAGCCUGCAGGUGGAAAAGCGGUGCACAUUCGAGAGGAACCUGCGUGCCGAAGGGCUGAUGCUGGAGAAGGAGCCCUCGCUCACUAACAAUGACAUCAUGUUCGUUAAGAUCCACGCUCCCUGGGAAGCACUCUGUAAAUAUGCAGAGCAGAUGAGCAUAAGGAUGCCAUUCAGGAAAAAAUGUUACUUCACCGACUGGAAGUGCAAAUCCUUGGGCAGGUUUCAGCGGAACUGGCGGAAGCUGAAGAGCUGGCUGCCGCGCAACCCCAUGCAGCUGGACAAGGAGGCCCUGCCCGACCUGGAGGAGACGGACUGCUACACCGCCCCCUUCAGCACGGCACGCAUGCACCACUUUACAAUCAACAACAAAGAAACAUUCUUCUCCAAUUCCACACGAAGCAGAAUAGUUCACCAUGUCCUGCAGCGUACAAAAUAUGAGGAUGGGAAAUCAAAAAUGGGUGUCAACCGGUUGCUAGGCAACGGGACUUAUGAAGCCGCCUUCCCACCUCACGAGGUAAAAUUACCGGGCUUUUCAAUCAGGCCCAUCCUCACCUCCAUUUGCCCCUUGUUCUUCCCACACAGCAAGGAGAUCUGUGAGGCCAACACCACCAUCAUGUGCCCCAUGUGUGAACGCAACUGCACCUCCUGGAGGCUGAGUGACAGCUGCGUCUUCGCCAAGGUGAGGCCUUCCCUGCUGUUCUCCUUGAACCUGGAGCCACGCCGCAGCACUGCACUGAAGACUGUGGGAAAUAGGGUUCCUGCAUCUAAGCACACUAGAAAUAUGAAUUUGCCAGUCGUACAGGUGCUCCAAAAUCAGAUUCAAGUGUACAGCAAGCUCACAGGAACACAUGCUGUGCGAACAGCGAUCCAGCUGGGCGGAUUAGCGCAACUCUUCCUGGAGGCUGCUGCUGUUGCAGGCUCAGUGCAAUCCUUUUCACCGUCUCCCACUCACAUGACCCCACAUCCUCUCAUCCCAGCCACCGUGUUCCUGGAAUUCUGGAAGAGGAGGAGGGCCGAGCUCACCUACGACUGGGAUCUGAUUGACUGGGAGGAGGAGGAGGAGGAGUUGCGCCCCCAGUUUGAGGCCAAGUACUCCAAGGUGGAGAGGGUGAACCCCAUCUCGGGCAAACCGGAGCCCUUCCAGCCCUUCACCGAGAAGCUGAGCCGGCUCAUGGUGUCGGUAUCGGGGAUAUUCUUCAUGAUCUCCCUGGUCCUGUCCGCCGUCUUCGCAGUGGUGGUGUUCCGUCUGGUGGCCAUGGAGCAGUUUGUCUCCUUCCAGUGGGAGUUUGUGAAGAAGAACUGGCAGUUCGCCACCUCCGGGACAGGAGUCUGCAUCAACUUCAUGAUCAUCAUGUCUCUCAAUGUGGUGUACGAGAAGGUAGCAUACUUACUUACAAACUUAGAGCACCCUCGCACAGAGUCAGAGUGGGAAAACAGCUUUGCCCUCAAGAUGUUUCUGUUCCAGUUUGUCAACUUAAACAGCUCCAUCUUCUACAUUGCCUUCUUCCUGGGAAGGUUUGCAGGGAGACCAGGAAAGUACAACAAGCUGUUUAAGAGAUGGAGACUGGAGGAGUGUCAUCCAAGUGGGUGCCUGAUUGACCUGUGCAUGCAGAUGGGCAUCAUCAUGGUUUUAAAACAGAUCUGGAACAAUUUCAUGGAACUUGGUUAUCCGCUGCUGCAGAACUGGUGGUCCCGUAGGAAGAUCAAGAAAGGGGGGCAGCUCGUGCAGAAUAAGGUUCUUCUGCCUCAGUGGGACAAGGACUGGAACCUGCAGCCCAUGAAUGCUCAUGGCCUGAUGGACGAGUAUCUGGAGAUGGUGCUGCAGUUCGGCUUCACCACCAUCUUCGUGGCCGCCUUCCCCCUGGCUCCCCUGCUGGCCCUGCUGAACAACAUCAUCGAGAUCCGGCUGGACGCGUACAAGUUCGUCACCCAGUGGAGACGACCCAUGCCAGCACGGGCAACAGACAUAGGUAUCUGGUACGGCAUCCUGGAAGGGAUCGGCGUGCUCGCGGUGAUCACCAACGCCUUCGUGAUUGCCAUCACCUCCGACUACAUCCCACGCUUCGUCUAUGCCUUCAAGUACGGCCCCUGCGUGGACAAAGGAUACCGCAACGAAAAGUGUUUGAGGGGCUAUGUGAACAGCAGUCUGUCGGUGUUUGACAUGGGCGAGAUGGGCAAUGGACAGACAGGGCCCUGCAGGUAUCGAGACUACAGAGCCCCUCCGUGGAGCCUGGUGCCCUACGAGUUCACCCUGCAGUUCUGGCACGUGCUGGCCGCGCGGCUGGCCUUCAUCAUCGUCUUCGAGCACCUGGUGUUCGGGAUCAAGUCUUUCAUUGCCUACCUAAUCCCAGACAUGCCCAAGGACCUGUGUGACCGCAUGAGGCGGGAGAAGUACCUGGUCCAGGAGAUGAUGUACGAGGCGGAGCUGGAGCACCUCCAGAAGGAGCGGAAGAGGAACGGGAAGCGCUGUCACCACGAAUGGCCUUAGCUGGAGCCCUUUUCCGAGACGCCGAGCCAAGCGGCAGCGCCCCAGGGGUCCCGCGGUCGGAGGGGGUCUCUAGCCUGCCGGGAGGUCUGCAUUGGAAGGCAGGAUCUUCCGGGUGAAAGCCGGGGACGCCACCACCCCAGGGGCAGGGGUCAACUGAGCUCGCCGCGGACCAGGGGUCCCCCAAUUCGCAUUCCCCGUUCGCCUUCUUGGAGAACUGACAAGAAGCGAGCAAUCUACGGAGCAGUCCGGAAAACAUGCCUUAGGCCACGGGUAUUAGUUCAUUCAACACAGUCGCCACAUGUCACCUCACCAAGUGCAGACACAAACAACUUGGAGAUCUGUUCAGAAAGGACAAAUAAAUGAACGAACUGGGUUGAGAAAUUGAGCACAACAUGCUUGACGGAUGUUUCUAUGCUUCUGUUCUUUCCUGCAUUUUAUUUUUAAAAGGAAGACUUCGGACGUGCGUGACCCGACGUUGAACUAAUGCUCGUUAUUCUUAUUUUUUUAGUGCUAGCCCCCCGAGCUACUGUUAGUCCCGCGGGGGACAUGUCUUGCCUGUGCAAUCUCAGUGCUUUGAAGGAUGACCUGUGCAAUUUCGAAAUGUUUCCUAUGCAUAUCAAGGGCUGUAGGACAGCGCUGUGUACAGUACAGUCAUUUUUAACUUUCCUAGAGGAUAACAGUGAUCACAGAAUGUAGAGACAAAAUGGGUGGGUCUUCUACAGUGCAGCUUAAUCCUCUGGAGCUCAUGUACAUUCACACACUCCAUUGAAGAGCAUCACUCUCAUUCACACAACUCAAUCCUACCAAAAAUAUGUAUCUUUAUGCAAAUAUAUAUUGCCCUUCAGUGUGUAUAUAGCAUGCAAGAUCAUGUUCUAUAUUGUUUGGAGGUAGCACACACACACACAUAUAUAUACAGUAUAUGAAUAUACACAGUAUUGGUGUUAUAAGUUCCUUUGUUAAAACAGACGCAUGUAGGUUUUUAUUCAUGGUUAAUGUAUCUUUGUUAAACCUUUUCUUUUUCUUUGCAGCUCAGGUCUAAAGUUUUUUUCUGUUUGUGCUAUGAAGAAGGUGAAUGCAGUGGCAGCAAACCAGAGCCACAGACACAGUACUGCACAGCUACAGUGCCCAUGCAUUUCUUUCAUUACGUUAGAUAUACACUGUGGUGCAAAAAGCUUAGACAGAAUCAGAGCCGCAACUUAUACAGUAUGUGUCAUGAGUAACAGCUGCUUGCUAAAGUUAUCCUCUCUUGUGACAGUUUUGACUGUAAUGCAUCUUCGCUUGGGUGAGAAAAAAAUGUCUUGCUUGUCAUUUAGCGAUGUUUAAUUCACACUGUUCACAAUCUUCAAAAGCUGAUCAUAACAGCUUUGCCUGGGCAGCCGAUAGAAAGUAUUGGAGUAGUCACGUUUACCAAUCAGAUCUGACUCAUUUUCAGAUGUUCUUCAUCGUUAACAUCUGCUCCUCAAUACACAGCCAUAAAGCUAAAAGGCUACGUUUUCUACAACAACAUAGAGAUUGACCAGGGUUAAAUAUCAGCUGGCUAAAGCCUCUAUAGAACUGUGUUUCUGAAUAAAGAAGCUGGAAAAGUAAUUGAAGGGAGUAGAAAGGUGCACACAGUCAGAGACAUUUGUACAGCAGUGUAUGUGCAUGAAUUUCCUCAUUUCAGAUCAAAAAGAGGUGCAAAAAAGGGAUAUUUUCUCAAAAGGAAUAAGCAAACUAUUUUGCAUUGUUGGAAAAAGCAGCUUGCACGGGAAUUUCCAUUUCCAAGAUGACACUGCACGACCUUACAAUACCCUCCCGCCUUGGAGUUCUCCUUUGUUGCAGGGGAAAUAUUGUGCUUUAUUACAAUAUGAAAAACCUGCAGAAAGCUGGUCUGGCACGAACGCCUGCUAAUUUAAGGAAUCGCUUUAAUCCUCAGUCUCCAGCUGUCUGCAGUAUGGAACGAUGUAAUAAUGAAGUUCAGCACAAUCGGCCUGUCGGGGGAAAUAGGCUAUUAAGUGGGUCUGUAGCGUCUGAGCCAGAUGCACCUUGCCCUGCUGUUCAUUGGAAACUGUGUAGGGGGAGCUGUAGGAGACUUUACUCACCCCAGUUUAGAUCCAGUGUUCCCCCCCCGUUUCAGAUUUUUAAUUAAUAGGAAAAAUGUGCUCAUGCAGGCUGUAAGCCACCCCAAACAAAUAAUUGCACAAGAGCUGACUCUCCAAAGAUGUAUUAUCUGCCCUAGAAGCAUAGUCUUGGAAGGGAAGAAUUUAAACUCUGGGACGUCUUCUGUUUAUCCCAUGUUAGCUCAGUUUCGGCCUAAAGACACUUUUCUGAGCAGGUUUGCAGGCUGUCACAUGCACACAGUUCAUUUAAAGCAAGAUGGGUUGCUCUAGGCUCUACGGUUGUAUCAUUUAACAAUUGUACACUGUGCCUAUUCACUGUAUAUGUUUAGAAAUAUCACUCUUUUAGGAAGCCUUUAAAAAAUUAUCGUUAGAAGCUUUAGAAGAAGAAAUGACAUAUUUGGAAUCACUUUAAUCUGUAUCCAUUCCACCCCUGAAUUCCUUUGACUUUUUCCAGUUCAUAUGGCAUCCGCUGUUGAAUUGCUUACCCUAGCAGAAGAGUUACAAAGCUGCAGAUGUGAGUUUUAGUUUUCACGGAAAGAAUUCACACUGUCAAUUGUGGAAUUAUCUGUAGCACUGUAAUGUGAGAGAGGCAGCAGCCUUACAGUGAGUUUUGGUUUCUGCCAAUGUUAAUGAGCAGCUAGGUUUAACUUAAUUUUGACUCUUUCUUUUUGAACAAGAGAGCUGCACAUAUUUUUGUAUCUAAUCUUCUUUUAAUUAAGAUGCUUAAGAACCCUUCUGGGCAUACCUCUUGUGAAAUUCGUGCCUGAGGAUGCUUUGUGUUAAAGCGUAAGUAUGGAAACAAAAUUUAUAUUUCUUAGAAAGUCUGAAAGAGAGUGCAGAUCAGUUUAGAAGGAAAAGAAAUCUUUGAGCCUUAUUUCUUUCUGGGUUUUUUUUUUUGCAUUUGCAACAAAUUCAGGUCCAACUUUACAACAGACAUGAAUAAAAUCUCCAGGUAUUUUCUCUGAAGCUCAAGUGAAUUCCUUUAUUCAUGAAUUUAUACUCAUUGCUCCUCUUCUGCCAACAUAAAAAUGCUAUUCUGUCAAAGUGGCAUUAAUAUUUGAGUCUUUGCAUAAAUAAUUUGGAUUUGUGUUUGUGUUAUAUAUAGAAUAUCUUACGUUUCAUCUACUAUGAAAAGAAUACACUAAUGUCUUUUACACACAGCUGUAUGUGUUCAGAAUUAUGCAUUACUUAUGUAUAAAAUGCAAAUUAUCUAUUAAACACUACACACAGAAGCUCUUCUAGUGAAUGUCCUUGGGACUCUGUGUGUUUGCUGA